UUAUGUGCUAGGUUCCACAUGAGCAGCCGCUCAGUUCAAUAACUCUGCAUUAUGAACGGUGAGAGCAAAGCAGAUGAUUUACUGGCUCUGACUUCCAGCUUUUUCUUACUCCACUGGACUUGUUCUGUGAUCCUGUGGAAAGUUUGCCACUCAUGAUCAGGUUUAUUGUGGAGUGUUCACGAAUACUACAAAUGGGGACUCUUCCAAAUUGACUCCAAGGGUCGCGGUGGGGUGAGAUUUUCUUGCCGGUGGAUCUUCUGAGCGUCUAAAUCCUCACAGCGGCACUUUGAGGAAGGUGAAGCGACUUUACGCACAAGAUCAGCGUCUCUGGACUUACUAACCAGCGCUUGAACGAGUUGGACUGCGCGCUGGGAUGGCAGAAGAAAUCUUGAACGAUUCGAUUCCAGAUUUGAAAGAGCUGGAAAAUAAGAUCGGGGUGAAAACACCGGAGAGCCUUCUAGUUUGGAUGAGGGAUACUGCGCAUUGCGAAGACUGUUGGAGCGCUGAUGUAGUCGAUAGAGGAGACCACAGCACUCUCACCAGUGACACUUUCUCUGACAAAAUAAGAAACUUAAAACAGGAGAUGAGGUGGCUGCGCUCUGCUGAUGUGAGGAUCUUGCGUCAGCUGGUGGCUGUCCACGAGGGCAUCGAGGCCAUGCGCUGGCUGAUGGAGGACCGGGGCACCUUCGCUAGCCGUGGCAGCAGCCUGACGGGCAGCCAGUGCAGCCUGGUCACCAUGGAGGGGUCUGGGCCCUGCAUGUCCCCCUGCAGGGAAAGCCCAAGUCCACUCUGUUUCCAGGAUCCAAAUGACACCGCUGUUGGAGAGGAAUCAGCAGAUCCAGCGCCGGAGAAUGACAACAGCUACAUCGACGUGCCAGGCCAUGCAUGUACCAAAGCAAGGCCUCCUACUCCCUCCAGCUCCAAGUCUGAAGUCAGUUGUGCCACUGAGGAGAGACAUGGUCAGGGAUGGUGUGGCACAAGCCCUGACAGCGCCAGCAGUUCUGUUAGUGCCAGUUCACUGAAGCUGCAACCCCAGAUUUCAGAAGCAGCUCCGUCACGCCACUUUAAAACUGGCGCAGAGCCCAUCAGGAGAGCCUUGAUCAGAUCUAGGAAGGGACUGAAAGGGGGUACUAGUGGUUUUGCCCUGCCUAAGCAGACAGGAGAGACACAGGGGCACCACAGUCUCCCUAUGCAGAGUCUCGGAGCCUUUAAAAAUAGUGAAAUGCAGGAGGAACAGAGGAGGCCCAGUAGAGAGGAGGCUCUGUUGGGCUACGAUGCUCAAUGGUGCUGGGUGGAGUCACAGGAUGAUGUGACUUUUUUAUGAUCUACAAUUCUCUAAAGCACAAUUUCAAUUUAUGAUCCUUGGUUUGAAAGUAAUCCCCCUCAGGAGCCAAUGUUACAGAGGGCUUUACAAUUAUUAUACAGUUUGGCAUGGAAUGUAUCUUGUUUUAUAAGAAUAAGCGCAAUAUCCAAUGUUUAAUGUAUGACUGCUCACUCUGUAAACAGAUUCAGACUCAAUGUGGACUGUCACUGAUUUUGUUUACACAGUACACUGUUAGUUCGCUGUAUUUUCAUUGUGACUGUGCAUUUUAAAGUAACACAUAUCCUUGCAAAAUGAUAGAAAGCACAAAAUUUAAAUAAAUCAUGGUUCUCUUUCAUUAGAGACUUAUGUCCUUGGUUGAUAAAAUGAUGCUUUUACCAACAAUAAUGCUUAUAAUUUAGAGAGAGUGAAUGGUGAAUUUCAGGCAAUUUGUGCUGUAGUUUCUUUCCUUUGAAGUGCUUAUUUCCUUUUGUAACACUCCAGAAUGUCAUCAUUAAUUGAUGAGGCAAGAAAGAUAAUCACAAAGAUGUCUUGGUUGUUAUU